AUGCACUCAAGGUCAACCGGCCAACCGCCUCUUUAUACUAUAACUCCCACGCGUGUUCACACUUCUGCGAUUACUGUUCCGCACUUGGCUCACUUCGUUCGCUUCUUACGGAAACCGCAAGUUGUUGAUUACGUAACGCUACAUACGCUUCAUGCUCUCCUCAACUGGCUAUUAAAAAACUACAAAAAAUGUGCCACUUACAAGUACCUGCCUCGACACCUUCCUAUACUUCUGUUAUGUGGUUCUCUUUGCGGUAGUGGCAGCGCCGUCUUUUGGGCAAAAGACGCGUCUAUCUUUCACGCUAUUGCUCUUUUGCAUUUAUCUAUCAAUUUCAUUCUAUCCAUAUCUAUCUAUCUACCUCACACACUGUCCAUAUCUAUCCGCCUCAUUCCGUAUCUAUCUACAUCUAUCUAUCGAUCUAUCUAUCUAUCUAUUAAUUACAGUCUUGGUAUUUAUCGAUCAAUUUCAUUCUAUCCAUAUCUAUCUAUCUAUUCUCUUUUAUUUAACUGUCGGUUUCAUUCUAUCCAUAUCUAUCUAUCUAUCUAUCUAUCUAUCUAUCUAGCUGUUCAUAUCUAUCUCUCUAUAUAUAUCUCUAUCUAUGUUCAUUAUCUAUCUAUCAAGCUAUCUAUUUAUCUAUCUAUCUCAUUCUGUUCAUAUCUAUCUAUCUAUCUAUCUAUUAAUUACAGUCUCUUCAUCUAUCUCUCUAUAUAUCUCUCUAUCUAUGUAUCUAUCUAUCUAUUUAUCUAUCUAUCUAUUUAUGUCUUUUCAUAUCUAUCUAUCUAUCUAUCUCUGAUCAUUAUCUAUUUAUCUAUCUAUCUAAUUAAUUACAGUCUUGUCUCUCUGUAUUUAACUAUCGCUGUCAUUCUAUCCGUUUCUAUAUCUAUCUAUCUAUCUAUCUAUCUAUCUAUCUAUCUCAUUCUGUUAAUAUCUAUCUAUUAA